AUGGCUGCGGGACAAAACCUAGAUGUCUCGAAAAAGUUAAAGGCUGCAAUAAAAGCGAAGCUGGAAGAAUUGGGUGUUUAUGUAGACGAUGAGCUUCCCGAAUACAUAAUGGUCAUGAUAGCGAACAAGAAGGAGAAAAAUCAAAUGAAAGAUGAUCUAAAUUUGUUUUUGGGGAAAUGCACGAGUAAAUUCGUGGAUUGGCUGUUCGAUUUGUUUGAAAGACUCCAGUCAGCAGGCAGCAAGCCAGAUAGUCACUCCGGCUCGGAAAAAUCGAGCAAGGAAGUCCAAAAAGAGCCUGCAAAAGAAAAGGAACGGAGGAAAGAAGCCGAAGUUUCUACAUCAAAAAAAGAAGAUAGGAAAGAGAGCCGAGCUCACGAAUCAUCUUCCCACCGGCAAGCCGAAGCAGAAGCUAGGAAACGCGAAGCUGAAAAGGAGCGAGAACGCGAGAGGGACAGAGAAAGAGAAAGGGAGAAGGAAAGGGAAAGAGAACGUGAACGAGAAAAAGAACGACAACGACAAGCUGAAAAGGCUAAAGAGAAAGAACGGGAAGAGCGAGCUGCUAAAGAAGCAGAACGCCAAAAAGCUCGCGAGCAGGAGAAACAAAAAUCGCGAGCUGAAGCAGCGCGAAGCCGCGAAACUGUACGCCCUACCCGUAGGCGAGCUGAGAAAGAGCGCAAAUCUCGUUCGCGUUCA